AUGGCAGCCCCAAGGAGCCUAGCCCGCCAUGUUGCUUCCCUCUCAUCACGAUCCUGUCGGGUAAAUUCCGUCGCACAAUGCCGGAGCUUUACUUGUGCCUGGUUUCCCUCACUAUAUUCGAACGCCGUCUCGAACCGCCGACCAACAGCUCACACCCCUUUGUUCUUACGAAACAAGUCUACGUACACAAGGCCUCCUAGCUCUCUCACAGACAGCACACCUGCAACGUCGGAAGACAGUGCACAGAAUGAAGCUCGACGCGCGGAAGAACCCGCAUACCUCAUCACAUUUACCUGCAAGCCCUGCUCGCACCGAUCUGGCCAUCGGAUUUCAAAACACGGAUAUCAUAAAGGAACUGUCCUUAUAACUUGUCCUAAUUGCAAAAAUAGACACAUUAUCAGCGAUCAUUUGAAUAUAUUUAUGGAUACUAAGUCGACAUUGGAAGAUAUUCUUGCAAAGAAGGGUCAAAGUCUGAAAAAGGUCACUUUAGGAGAAGGAGAUACGGAACUAUGGCCGCAGCAGCCUUCUGAUGGUGCGGAAACUGAUUCGCUCAAGCCGUUGGAAGAUACGAAGGGUGGUUGA